AUGAAGACGGUGGCCGGCAGCGUCUUUGGAGAAGGCGAUGAAGACUUUGGUCAGUGUUAUUUCAGGGUCUUUGGAGAAGGCGAUGAAGACUUUGGUCAAUACUGGACGCUGGUGGCCGGCAGUGGCGGGAUGUUUUUUGAAAUGUUGUUGAGAAUGUGUAGGAUCCGGCCAGAUCCGGCCAAUGUGGAGUUCAAUGACCUCGACUAUGCUCCUGAUACUACUGAGGAACCUACAUUUCAUGGAUUGGCCGUGGGAUCUGGCGAACGAUGCCGUGUCCACAACCUUGAGCCGGUGAGAUGUGUUGCCUUUGAAGGGCCGAACACUGGUCGUCGUUUCUACCUCUGCUCCAUUGAAAAUCAUGUUCUGAACUGUGGCUUCCAUGCAUGGGUAGAUAGUGAGUGGCCUGAGCCACUACAAAAUGCUUUGAAGAAACUAUGGGGAAUGUACUACUCUAGCAAUUCAGGUAGAAUUGAUGACAAGGUAGAGCAUGCCAGAUUUGUUGAGGAGCUUGCUGUAGAGAAAAACAAGAUUGAGAAGAAGUAUGCAAGCCUGCUAGUUGAUGUGAAGAAAUUUGCAGAAGAGACUGAAAAAAGAGUGGUGGAGAGAAAUUACAAGUUGAUAACUUCAGGAGCUGCUGAUGAAAUUAAUGAGCUAAAGAAGGAGGUUGCUGAGUUGAAGCAGUUGCAGAAAACACAUGCUGAGGUCAUUAGGGCAAAGAAGGAGGAAUUGGAGGCAGGAAGAGAAGCUUGGAAGACAGAAACUGAUGCUUUGAAGAAAGAGAAGGAUGCAUUGAAUGAGGAGAAGAGAAAGCUGGAGUACAUGCUCUAUGACCUGCUGAAGCUUAGCAAUGGAAACAAGGACAAGCUCAAAAGGAUUAGGGAAGUGUGUGAGGAGGAGUUGAUCAUUUGA